CCUCCCCGCCUUGCAUCUCUUUGGUUGCACGUCUUGCCGAUCAAUUUUCUGGCCUCACAGUGCGCCGGAUCUCGUCUCAUCUCAUCGAUAGUGAUCCUUUCCCUCGCUGUUUGAUCCUCUAACGCCGCUUCGGAAUCAUGGCUCAGGUUUUGUUGGUGCAGCCAAGCGAGGAGAUGUCGAAGCAGAUCCGAGUUGAAUUAAAUGAAAACGUCGCGACGAGGGAUAAAGAUCUGGAAAUAAUCAAAGAAUGGCUGUCCAGGCAACCACAUUUACCUGCUUUUGACGAUGACCAAAGACUAAUGACUUUCUUAAGGGGCUGUAAAUUUUCACUGGAGAAGUGCAAGAGAAAGCUGGAUAUGUAUUUCACAAUGAGAGCAGCCGUCCCAGAAUUUUUCUCCAAUCGGGAUAUAACCAGACCAGAGCUUCAGGAGAUAGUAAAAAUAGUUCAAAUCCCACCACUACCCGGUUUAACGAAAAAUGGACGACGGGUCGUGCUGAUGCGUGGAAUCGAUAAAGAUCUGCCCACUCCGAAUGUCUCAGAAGCCAUGAAAUUGGUGCUGAUGCUCGGUGAUAUUCGGCUAAAAGAAGAAGAAGUUGGCGUCGCUGGUGACGUCUACAUCCUUGACGCAACGGUUGCUACACCGUCGCACUUUGCAAAAUUUACUCCAACCCUUGUUAAAACGUUCCUGGUGUGCGUCCAAGAGGCUUAUCCCGUGAAACUGAAGGAGGUGCACGUUGUUCACGUGAGCCCGCUGGUCGACACCAUCAUCAACUUCGUAAAACCUUUCCUCAAAGAAAAGAUUCGAAACAGGAUAUUCGUCCACAGCAAUCUCAACACCCUGUACGAACACAUCCCGAGAGAAAUCCUUCCCACAGAAUACGGCGGCGAUGCCGGCCCAAUCCAAGCGAUUCAUGAUGCCUGGAUGAAGAAGUUGGAAAGCUACGGGCCGUGGUUCGCCGAGCAAGAAAAUAUCAAAACGAACGAAGCUCUUCGCCCAGGAAAACCGAAGACUCACGAUGACCUCUUCGGCCUGGAUGGCUCCUUCCGUCAACUAGAGAUCGACUAAAUCAUGAAAAUGCUUAAUAAUCGUAUUAUGCGAUUAAUGUGUAUAUUGAAGCAGAGCUUUACCAAUAACUUACACGGAGAGACGGAAACAACAAUUUUUCCCUAAUGUUACACAUUUUUUUUGAGUCACUCCGAUAGCAAAGUGGUUAUGUGAACAUUUUUAUCUACUUAUGCACAUUAUUAUUGAUUUUUCAAAAACUUCUAUUUUAAUUUGCAAAAUGAUAAAUACAUUUUGUAAUAAAAUUAUGUAUAUAGUUUGAAAUGCAGAUUUGUUGAAUGUAUUUCCAUUGAUCCUUGUAGAACUUACACUGUGCAAUAUACUGAGACUAUGUUAUGGAACUAUUCAAAAUAAUGAUUUAUUAUCAAAUUUUUAGUACAGGAUAAGUAAUUACUGGAUUUGGGAAGUUGUUAGCUUUUAGGCGCAUCGGCAUUCCUUAGGGCCUGUAAAUGUAAUUUUAAAAAAUUCGUGAUUUUUCGUUAGAUUUUGUUUAAGUAAUUAAUUAUUGUUUGUUUAUCAAUAGUAUUAGUAAAGCUUAGUGACGUAGGGUGCGAUUCUCACAUCAUUCGAUACGAGUUUCUCGCACAAAUGUAUUUGACUCAAAACUCUACCAAGUCUCUUAAUUAUGUAGAUUGAAUUCUAUGGAAGUUACGAGACUGCGCAUAAUUCAUUGAUUGUUGUUAUGUAUGAAAGUGUACAGCAAAAUAUUCUUAGCAUCACAAUUAUUGCCUUCCAAAGCGUAAAUUAACAAGAGCUCAUAACAUAUGUAGAAUUUGUAACAGUUUUCGUACAACAGUCACGAAAUACAAUUCUUUUAAUUCCAUAAGACGUAGUCAAUACAGUACAAUAAUCUUAAACCUAUCAGACAUGAGGUUUUAUAACUUUUGUAGUAAUUUUCACAAAGAAUACUGCAUCUUAUCCUAUACAGGAAAAUCGGAAUCCAAAUACAGCUUUUUCUCUACAAAUAUAGUAUAUUCGUAUAUAACAUCUGUAGAUACAUAGUACAUGAUAAAUUAAUCGUUAUAUGUGGUAUACAUAGUAGCAGACACUGUUUACUUAUUAUCAAUUGUAUCAUCUUCUCCGUGUAAGUUUAGGUUGCAUCGACAAUGUAUGAAAUAUUGAAUUACUAUUGAAGCGAUUCAUAUAAUCACGAAAACAAUGUUAAUGCUUCGGAUUCACAAAAAUUGCUGAUGCAAUUAAACUUAAAUUCCAUUACUGCAAGGUCUGGCUUGGAUAUGUUUCACUGAGAAACAAGGUUAUCUAUAUUACGUCUCUUUUAAGUAAUUUUGUACUUUCCUAGCUGAGAAAUGAACCAUUAUAACCUAUA